GUUCCGGGUAGGAAUCAGUGUUGGCUCCGUUAGCUCUGGGCUGUAGGUGUGUCACUGUACAGCACAGCAGUGUUACUUCCUGCCGAGCGCUUCAGUGUAAAGUUGUCAUUUAUGUAUCGCACCUGAGGAGAAGAAGCAGCAGCUCCGUGACGAGGGAGAGAGGGAAUGGCGGCAGCGUUACUGUCUGAGACGGAGAUCCGACACCGCUCUAUGGCGGAAGAGGACCCGAACGGGAAUGAGCACGGCGCGGCCGCCCGGAGUAGCGCACCGCGCUGGGGACCGCAGCACGCCGGGGCCCGUCAGCUCGCCCAGCUCUACUCGCCCGGAAAACGGCUGCAGGAGUGGAUCUGUGUAAUCUUGUGCCUCUCGCUCUUCGCUGUCAACUUCUUCUUCCUCCUCAUCAACUUCUCCACAGUGCCCAUCUUCAGAAUCAUCUUCGGCAUUGUGGCUGGUAUCGUGACUGCAGACUUUGCCUCUGGAGUGGUGCAUUGGGGAGCGGACACCUGGGGCUCUGUGGACAUCCCCAUCAUUGGGAAGGCGUUUAUCCGUCCAUUCCGGGAGCACCACAUCGACCCUACGGCCAUCACGCGGCAUGACUUCAUUGAAACUAAUGGAGAUAACUGCAUGAUCACCAUCCUGCCUCUCGCCCACAUGGCCUACAAGUUCCUGUCCUACACGCCAGAUGCCCUUGCCGAGUCCUACCCCUGGGACUGUUUUGUGUUUGCACUUGGCGUCUUCGUGACGAUGACCAAUCAGAUCCACAAGUGGUCGCACUCCUACUUCGGCCUGCCACGAUGGGUCACUCUGCUGCAGGACUGCCACCUAGUGCUGCCCCGCAAGCACCAUCGGAUCCACCAUGUGUCCCCUCACGAGACCUACUACUGCAUUACUACAGGCUGGCUGAACUACCCUCUGGACCGAAUAGGUUUCUGGAGGAGGAUGGAGUGGUUGGUCGAAAAGCUAACCGGACAGAAGCCACGCUGUGAUGACAUGGCCUGGGCCAAAAAGACCGAGUGAGAUGAAAACGGGUCUACAGCACCAUCAUCCCUCAUUCCUCUCCUCCUCUGAGCUGAGGAAGCGCCUCCUUGGAGGGAGAAAAGCAGAAUAUGGGCCUUACCUCUGACCUCUAAUCUGCCCUUAAUGCCCCCCCCUUCUCUCAAUCACUAUAGCACAGAAAAUUUCCGCUGCUGAGGCCUUCACCUGUCUCUAAAGUCUGCGCCACACGAGCCGUCUCUGACUCCUUCGUGUCUCAUCUGACGGGUUUCAUUCACUCAUUUCACUCCGUCACACAGAGCAGAGAGAGAGAGGGAGCUGAAUUUAAGGCAUGCGUCUAGCAGCACAGCACUAACAAUUUUAGUGAUGAGUAAUAGUCGAUUAGUAAUAGUGAAUAAUUUUGUACUAAUUUUUCCUCGGUCUGCUUGUCGUAGUGGCUUUCUCGUAUCACAAAUGUUCACACUCUGGAGGUUGGGCUCUCCAGGGGCCAAGAAAUAGCUCUAUUUUUAUCGUAUUUGCUUACUGUUAUUUGAUUUGGGGUCAGUCGGGAAUCAGUUUUCUGUAUCAGCACUUCAUUUGUCCAGACAUGCAGCUGCUUUUCUUUAGAUGUUACACGUCCUCCGUAUUUGUCUGAAAAUGACAUCUGUGAGUUUUUAAGUAGAAGGAAGUGAGUUUCGUUGGGGGGGGAUUUCUCCUUAGGUCAGUCGUGUGAUCUGUACUUUGGUGAGUGUUUUCCAUGUCUAUACGUACCACAGGCCAGGAGCAUUUAAGACCUCUGAGUAAGGAUGCCGGAUUCAUUUCUGGACUAGCUGUAGCAGUGCAGCUAAUUUAUUUAAAAAAAAAAAAGUUUUGGAAGCUUGCACAUAGUUUGUCAGUGAAUUCACAGCGGCGCUGCUGCUGCUGCUGUGAGGGAACCAGAGCAGCGGCGGAGGUGGUUAGAUGAUCCUUAAUUCUGUACACGUGAUCAUAACUGGUUCUUGAAUCCGUGAAGCAGAAGGAAGGGCAAGCUUCAUGUUGGUUAGCUGGUACCAAGCUAACGCUGACUAAUCCUGCUGUAUUUAAAGCCAGUCCCAGUGUUCCCACGUCAUCUCUGUCCACCGCAAACGUAGCAUAUGCAGUUGUAACAGACAGGAACGUCGACACGUUUUCCUGUACUGAGACGACGUUAAAAUGUGACGGCUUGAGGCAAAACUGUUAGAUUUUUAACCAUAAAGUUAUUUAACUUGAAGCGGAUCUUAUCCAAGAAGCAAUAUUUUUAGAAGUCCUUCUGAUUUUUCCUUGCACUUUUCCAAAGGUUGUGUGGUAAAAGUGUGAGGAAUCAUCUGAUAUUUUUCCUUCUUCAUGCGCUAAAGAUGCGAUUAGAUGUAGAUUAGGUUUUUUUUUUUUUAAAGAUAUUGUGGUUUAGAAAAAGGUCAAUUUAAAUAUGUUGGCGUGCUUUAUUUUUAUUUUUUUUAACCAAACUUGCUUCACACUGUACUUAACCAAUGAUAUAUAUUUAGUGAAAUGAAUUGGAGAUUUAAAAAUAACACGCACAACCAAAUACUUUCCUACCUUCACCUUUGUCCAAACUGUCCUGAUGAUGUGUUUGACUGUAAACUGCAGGUCGAUGGUGAGAGUAAACAGCCAUAGAACAUUUCUUCCAUCUGUCUUUCAUUUUUAUAGCUGCACUCGUUGUGUUCCUUCUCUCUUUGGCUUUAUAAUGUUUCUAUUUUUUACUAAGCAAUCAGCCUUGUAUUUUAUUCGUACUGUCCAUCUUGCAGCUAAUGCUUGCUGCUAGUCUGCCUUAAAUCAACAUUUUUAUUAGCUGUUUGAUUUAAUAAAGAACUAGUAAGUUACAUUUUA